UAACCCCAACACUAAUUAUAUCAUCAAGCAUACUUAUGUCUUAAAGUUCAAACCCUUCUCUCUCCUUCCAAACUCAUUUUUUAUAUCUUCCAUAAAGACAAAACAUGUUUAAUGAUCAAAUUCCUUCUUCUACACAUCAAGAUCAAGAUGAUGAUGGUGAUGAUCAUGAUCAUGAAAGCAUAAGAGAAAUACAUGCUCUAACCUCACCACAUCCACCACCACCACCCUAUCGCCACCGUUCGGACACCACCAGCCACCGGUCUUCAUCUCUUUCAGUAGCCAGCACCGAAAGCGAAAACUUCACCACCAUGAGCCGAGAAUUUAACGCGCUAGUUCUAGCUGGAACACGCAUAACCGGAAGUGAAACAAGUGAGGUGCCAAAUGGUAUGAACAACAACACCAACAAUGGAAGUUCAAGUAGUAACUUAGACAGAAUUGGGGAGGAUGAUGUGACGGAUAAUAAUCCGUUGGCAAUCGUGCAGGAUAAUAAUCCUAUCCUGUCACCCCCCAGACGCGGUGACAGUAGGGUUUUCAUCACUGCUGAUGGAAACCCUAGUGACACUGUGUCAGUCCAAUCAGUGAAGAGAGAGGAGGUCGAGUCGAAGAUUUCAGCUUGGCAAAACGCUAAGAUUGCUAAGAUUAAUAACCGGUUUAAGCGUGAAGACGCAAUCAUUAACGGGUGGGAGAAUGAACAAGUUCAAAAAUCUAGUUCAUGGAUGAAUAAAAUAGAGAGGAAAUUAGAGGAAAAACGAGCACACGCAAUGGAGAAGAUGCAAAACGACAUAGCAAAGGCUCGUAGGAAAGCAGAAGAAAGGCGAGCCACAUCCGAGGCCAAGAGAGGGACCAAAGUCGCUAGGGUCUUGGAAGUGGCUAACUUGAUGAGGGCCAUUGGUCGAGCUCCUUCGAAGCGAUCCUUCUUUUAAGUUUUGUCGCUACCAUUAUUAAAAGUAUCAAAUCCUCCCUACACAAUUAGGGGUUUGAAUAAUAAGCACCCCAAUGAUGUAGAGGAUCCUUUUAAAAAUGCUAGGCUUACUUUGGAGGUGCAAUGUAUGUUUUGAUACACAAAGGCAUGGACGGUGAGUAUUUAAAGCGAUGAAGAAAUUGCAAGGUUUGUAAGAGUAUAUUGUAUAUUUUUGGUUUUACAUAAUGGUUGGAUACUUUCAAUACAAUACAUAUUUGAUUUAAGGUUUUA